AUGGGCUACACGGCCAAGGCUACCAUUCCGCUUAUCCCUCUGGCAAAGGACACCGUCCUUCUGCCCGGAGUCACCCUUCGAAUCUCAGUAUCAAACCGCGCCGAUAUACCCCUUCUCCUUUCAUCAGCCUUCCAACGAGCUACCAAGUCAAAAACCGGAACCGCUCAACUCCCCAUCGGCUGCGUCCCCUUGAAUUCGCCCUUCCUCAGCCCCGACGGGAAGAAAUUGCUCGACAGUUCGGAGAGAGAAAGCAGCCGCCAUAUUGACUAUCCGGACGUAGAUCCUGGCAAGGCAAGAAAGGACGAUCUGUUCGGAUAUGGAACUCUAGCAAAGAUAAUCGGAGUUCAGGGUAGCUCCAAUGUCGACCCAUACCUGGUGGUAGAAGGAGUACAAAGACUCAAAAUCGACAGGAUCAGACAUGAGAAGCCACACUUUGAGGCGGAAGUCACAUUCUACGAAGAUGAAGUGCCAGAUCUCAACGAUGGAGACCUCCGGGCCAGUUUCACACGACUCAAGCAGCGAUCACGCGAGCUGCUCACCUUGCUUCGCCUUUCAUCCCUCUUCCGACCGCCCUCAAUGGUGCUGUCUCCUCUGAUCGUUCGUCGAUUUGAAUUGUUCAUAGCGAAGAAGGACCUUUCUCAAGCCGGUCAAUUGGCCGACUUCAUGACCGACAUCGUGGAAUCCAGUUUCGAAGAAAAGCUGCGCAUCCUGAGCACUCUGGACGUACAUGAAAGAUUGGAACGUGUAUUGGCCUUGCUCAACAAGCAAAUAGCAGGCAUCAACGGAAACAUCAAGAUUACAUCCAUCACGUCUACGACCCUGCCUUCGAAUAUUGGUGUGGACAUAUCCGAUUUGAACCAAAGUCAGCGUGAAGCGCUAGCACGACGCGCCAUGUCAGGACUCACUGGUAUGACACCACCUGGUAUCCCGGGGCCAAGUCGUGGAGAGGGCGAUGAAGACAGCGAGGCCAACGAAGUUGAAGAGCUCAGAAAGAAGGUUGCCGAGGCUGGCCUGUCGCCCGAAGCGCAGAAAGUUGCAGAGCGGGAGUUGAGACGAUUGAAGAAGAUGAACCCUGCCAACGCGGAAUAUGGUGUGAUUCGCACUUAUGUGGAGAACCUUGUCGAAAUUCCCUGGACAAAGGUAACCGAUGAUCAACUCGGCGCCGAUACUUUGAAACGAGCUCGGAAACAGCUAGACGAUGAUCACUACGGGCUUGAGAAGAUCAAGAAGCGAUUGCUCGAAUACCUAGCAGUCUUGAAGCUAAAACAAUCAGUCAAUGCCGAUGUUGAUCAACAAAUUGCUCGACUCACCAAACAACUCACUCCCACACAAGAAGGCGAAGAAAAAGAGAUCGAACAAAUUCCUGAUGAUGAGAGGGAUGCAGCCACCGCUAAGCUGCACGUGCUCAAAUCAAAGCGAAUGGUUGACAAGUCUCCCAUCCUUCUCUUGGUCGGACCACCGGGUACUGGGAAAACCUCUCUCGCAAAAUCAAUCGCUUUGUCCCUGGGCAGGAAGUUCCACCGUAUUUCUCUUGGCGGCGUUAGAGAUGAAGCAGAAAUCAGAGGCCACAGGAGAACUUAUGUUGCUGCGAUGCCGGGCCUGAUCGUCAGUGGCUUGAAGAAGGUUGGUGUCGCCAAUCCGGUGUUCCUCCUUGAUGAAAUCGACAAAAUCAGCACAAACAACUUCCAUGGUGACCCGUCAGCGGCAAUGCUAGAGGUGCUUGAUCCGGAGCAAAAUCAUAGCUUCAACGACCAUUACGUCAACAUUCCUAUUGACCUCAGCAAGGUUCUUUUCAUUGCAACUGCGAAUACUCUGGAUACCAUUCCACCACCUCUCCUCGAUCGAAUGGAGACCAUUCAGCUCUCUGGCUAUACCACAAUUGAAAAACGUCAUAUCGCAAAGCAACAUCUCAUCCCCAAACAGGUCCGGACAAAUGGGCUCUCCGACGGACAAGUUGUCAUCCCAGACGACGUGGUAGACACCAUUAUUACCUCAUAUACUCGCGAGUCUGGAGUCCGGAAUCUUGAACGUGAGAUUGGUUCCGUGUGCCGCUACAAAGCUGUACAGUAUGCGGAUGUUCGGGACACAAACGACGCGUCGAAAUACAAUCCAGUUGUUCGUGUGGAUGAACUUGAAGACGUCCUCGGUAUCGAACGAUUCGAGGAAGAAAUUGCAGAGAAGAAGUCAAGACCUGGCGUUGUUACUGGACUCGUGGCAUACUCCUCCGGUGGCCAAGGCAGCAUCUUGUUCAUCGAAGUUGCCGACAUGCCCGGCAAAGGCCGUGUCCAACUGACUGGAAAGCUGGGCGACGUGCUCAAAGAAUCCGUCGAAGUCGCCUUGACCUGGGUGAAAGCCCAUAGCUAUGAUCUCGGCCUCACACACGAUCCAAACGAAGACAUUAUGGAAAAACGGGCCAUCCACGUGCACUGCCCAGCUGGAGCUGUUCCAAAGGACGGUCCCAGCGCCGGACUUGCACAUACCAUUGCUUUGAUCUCAUUGUUUUCUGGCAAAGCUGUGCCUCCGCAAAUCGCCAUGACAGGUGAAGUCAGUCUGCGAGGCCGAGUCAUGCCUGUCGGCGGCAUUAAGGAGAAACUCAUCGGUGCGCAUCGCGCAGGCGUCAAGACUGUCUUGCUCCCGGCGCAUAAUCGCAAAGAUGUCAAGGAUGUCCCUGAGGAGGUCAAGAAGGACUUGCAAAUCAUCUACGUCAAGUAA